AUGGAACCAGAAGAAAAGGUUUCUCCAAUCAAUGCAGAAGUCGAGGACACAACAGCACGAGUAUUUCCUUGUUUAUUCUGUUCAAGAAAGUUCUACAGUUCUCAAGCCUUAGGAGGCCACCAAAAUGCUCACAAGAAGGAGAGACAUGCAGCAAGGAAGGCAAAAAGAGCAUCCGAAUAUGCACCACCACCAGCUCCAACAUUCCCAAUGAUGUUUACUCCAAGUCACCAUUUAGGGCAGUUACACCCAUCAAUGUACAUAACUGCUCACGCAGCCAACCUCCACUCUCCUCCUACUCACCGGUUUUCUGAUCGUUUGGGUUCCAAUGGUGCGGCCAGGUUUGAUAAUGUGCUGUUUUAUGGAAGCAAUAGGUAUCAUCAACAUGAUCAAGAAGACGAGCAAAGUUUCUUGAAUUGGCAAAGGAGCAUAAGAUUCAAUGGAGGUGGGUCCAAACAACAUCUUUCAAUGGUGAAUGGCAAUCCCAAUAUGGGGAUGAGGAAUGAUAAAGAUAAGAAACUUGAUUUGUCUCUCCAUUUAUGA